AUGUCUCGGCUGGUGAAGAAAUCCCCAUCUCUUUGUACAGAUCUACCUCUGAACAACACCGAGGUUUGUAACAAGCUCCAUCUGAUGAGGGAGCUUCUGGGUUCUUGUUAUGGUCCGGCUGCCAGACUAAAACAGAUUCACAACAACAUCGGCGGGCACGUUGUAACCACCUCCUCGUCUUCGGUUCUCCUUCCAGCCAUUUCCUCCUCUGAGCCCCUCAUCAACCUGAUAAAAACGUCAAUCCUGCACCACGUACGCCGCUUUAACGACUGUGGUUUGUUUGCUGCCAUCUUCUGUUUCUGUCUCAUUGAACAAGCAAAGCAGUCUGGCCUCAGAAGUAAAGUGGUGACCAGCGUGAACAAGCACUUAACGGGUUUGUGCACCGAUUACCUACAACAAGAUGACUGCAGUUGUAAAGUUAAGCUGGACUUUUGCAGCAGCCAGAACUUGGUCACGUUAGCUCGCAGUAGCAUCUCCAGCAAACCAGCAUGUGUGCUAACAGAGGCAGAGUGUCUCCACAUCAGCAGGCUGGCUGUGCACGCCUUCCUGCUGACUGUCCCCUGCGACAGCCCGGGGACAAUCAGCCUGGGUAAGACAGUGACUGUCUCUGUUGAAGGCCUUCCUGUGCUGGAAUCUGCAGUGUUUCCAGGAUUACUGGUGGACGUGGCUCAAGAUGUUUCCCUCCAUGAGGACAGUUCGUUUACGCCACUGGUGCUCUUCAGUGCAUCUCUGGCUGGAGAUCUCUGUGAGCUGGGUGAUGGUGUAAUAGAGGUGCAUCCAGAUCUGGACACAGACGCUCAGAUCCUGGAUCAGCUCCUGGAGCUUGGCAAACAGGUGGUUAAAGAUGAAGUAAAGGUAUUUGUCUGCCAGAAGGUAAUCCAUCCUGUCUUACAGCUUUACCUGAGAAGUCAGGGUGUAAUGGUCAUAGAGAGACUUGGAGUCGCUCUUAUGGAGCCACUUAUUCAGCUGACGGGUGCUCAACCUGUGGCAACGUUGCAUUCGGCUGUCCCCCCCACGGCCUACGGGAAGAUCGGGGCUCUUGGUGUCCAGCAGUUUGGGUCCAAGACCAUGUUGCAUUUCCAGCCUUGUGGGGAAUCUGCAAUCUGCACCUUGAUCCUCUGCCACAGGAACGAGACCAUGCUAAAUGAGCUGAAGGUGGUGUGCCAGAAGACUGAGCAUGUGCUGAGACUCGCCCUCAGGGAACCAUCUGCUUUACUUGGAGGCGGCUGCACAGAGACCCAUUUAGCUGCUUACGCAAGACAGAAGAGCAAGAAUGAAGUACCGGAGCCAGCAAUACGACUAGGCUGCUCACAGACCGAGUACCUUCGUGCUGUGGAGGUGUUCUGCCGCUCUCUGGAGUCCGUGGCCAGAUCUCUGGAACACAACGGUGGGACUUCUCUAAUCGAUCUGACCCAUGCUCACCACUGGACUCAACCUUCAGACGUCAUGAAAGAAGACCCUAAAGUCAGCGUGGGCUGCUGCGGCUGUGGAGCGUUGGAAAGCUCUAAAAGUCAAAGGUGGACGUAUCUAAACACAGAAUACGCAGCGUUUUCUCCUGCCGACUCGCUGAGAGGCGCGUCUGAGCAGCCAAGUGUGCUGGACUCCUUCACAGCUAAACUCAACGCUUUGCAAGUUGCCGUGGAAACGGCUAAUCUCGCUCUGGAUGUGAGAUACGUGAUUCAAGACGUGAACUAAUGGAAAAGAUCUUUAAAGCGAGGUUCACAUUCUGUGCUGCUUUUAU